AAUAAAUGUCAUACAUCAUUGUAAUUAAAAACAAACAAGAGAACCAGAAGGGUUAAACCAGUUAGUUACAGAUUUACAGCAAUGUAAUGUAUGUUCAAAAUGGUCAGAGAAAUAACAUUUGGCUAAUCAGUAUUUGACAAUCUAAUCACUUGUAAACUAAGUAAUAAUUUGUUUAGGAGACCGAAGCAAAUGGCAAUUUUGUUCUAACAUUAAAAUCUGCUAUAUGUAAUGCUGGUUUAUUAAAGACGAUCAGUCUUCGUCAUCCACACCGAACUAACGUGGAGCCUUGAAGUCCGCCAGGAAACCCGAAACAACCAUGAUGAAAGCAUCCCUACUGCUGUUCGUUUUCGCGCUGAUCGCCGUAAGCCAAGCGAAUAACAUAAACAGAAAUCAACAUUCAAUAGCAAGAAAUAACGUAGCAGAGGACUACCAAGCCUUAGCAAAUCAACCUUACCAAAAGCCUUUCGGGGUUGUACCAACUGAAUUACCGGAUACUGAAGGUCGUUUCGGAGGCUACGGUGGCGGGUACGGUGGGGCUAUGGCACAUGCCAACGCUCACGCCAACGCCCAUGCUGGCGGCUACGUUAACGGUCACAUGGGGGGACACUUAGCUGGUCACAUGGGAGGUCACAUGGCGGGUCAUGCGGGCGCCUCUGCGAACGCUGCCGCCGCUGCUAACGCCGGCGCCUACGGCCAAGCAUACGGAGGCGGCUACGGCACUGGCUACGGCGGCGGGUACCUCGGUUAAAGAUCAGCAUUUCUUUCUUCCAAAUUAUUUUAAUCGCAAUAAUAAGUAUACUUCAAUUUAAAACAAUUGGCGUAAUGUGUAUAUAUUUCCACUUGGACACUGUUUUAUAGUAUUUUUAUGUUGUUUUUUUGGCAUAGACUAAAUUCCGUUUGGAUUAUAAGUUAAUAAAUUUAUUUAUGAAAUUCAGUUUGCAUUUUUAUUGGGAAAUGGGUUUUCUCAUGACACAGGUUGCAUAUAAAAUAAUGAUACUGAAGUUGGACACAUUAGCCUUUUGUUUCUUACUAUCGCACGUUGAUCUUGGAUUAUUUAUUUAAUAACUAUUUUAACCACUAGUAUAUAGAUGUAUUCUGAAAUGCCCAGUCUAAUGCAUUGUAGGAGUCAGGUAGAACCAGGCUUCACCCACGUGGGUACCUGACCUCACCUCUGCCUCUAUCUUUUAACAAACUCGUAUAUCGCGACCUAUGAGCCUCUGUUAAUCCAGAGCAUUAGCUAACUCCUUGCCAAAUUUCACCAAAAUUUUUAAAUAAUAAGUAAACAAUAAGCUUAAAGGUAAGAUAAGAUACGGUAAGAUGGAAAUUCGAGACCAAUGUAGAACGUCGUGCGUCAAGAUGCACUUUUUAUUAUUUUUUACAACAAUUACUUGAUUUACAACAUUUAUAUUACAUUUUACACCAUUUUAGCUCUAGAAUAAAAUCGUAGGGUGGAAGAUACCG